ACAGGAGGAGGCUCUCCCUGCCGCCGCCCUCAGGAUGUUCCCGAUCCCCGUCAGCACGGCCCUGGCCCUCCCCACCUCCACGCCCUUCUCCGUCAAGGACAUCCUCAGCCUCGAGCACCAGCAGCAGCAGGCAGAGCCCGGCCUGGCCCCGCUGGAGCUCUCCUCGGCCCUGGGCUCGCCCUCCUCCUCCUCCUCCUCUUCCUCCUCUUCCUCCUCCUCCUCCUCCUCUUCCUGCAUGCUGGCCGCCUUCAAGCAGGAGGGCUACCCGGGCGAGGAGGCCCCUGUCCCGGACCCCGCCGCCGCCGCCCUCGCCCUGGCCACGCUUGCCAAGAGCGGGGCUUUCCCCGGCAGCUUUUACGCCAAGCACUACGGGGAGAUGGACUCCGCCAAGGAGCCCAAAGCCGACAAGAAAGCCGCCGCCGAGCUGUGCGCCCUCCAGAAAGCCCUGGAGCAGGAGAAGCGGGACCCCUUGGCCUCCGCCGCCGCCGCGGAGGAGGCUGAGCGCCCGAGGCCGAGGAAGCGUCGGAAGCCGCGGGUGCUUUUCUCGCAGGCGCAGGUCUAUGAGCUGGAGCGGCGCUUCAAGCAGCAGAAGUACCUCUCGGCGCCGGAGCGGGACCACUUGGCCAACGUGCUCAAGCUGACCUCCACCCAGGUCAAGAUCUGGUUCCAGAACCGGCGCUACAAGUGCAAGAGGCAGCGCCAGGACCAGAGCCUGGAGAUGGUGGGCAUCCCGGCUCCGCCGCCCCCGCGCCCCCCUCGACGGAUAGCCGUGCCGGUCCUGGUCCGCGACGGGAAGCCUUGCCUGGCGGCCGACGCCUCGCCCUACGCCUCGCCCUACAACUCCGCCGCCCUCCAACUCAGCCCCUACGGCGCCUACAGCCCUUACCCGACGGCGGCGGCUGCCUACAGCAACUACGGGGCCCCCGGGGCCGCUUGCAACGCCGCCAGCUAUAGCUGCAGCUACCCGGGGGGCCGUCCAAAGCGUGCCCCCGCCCCCGACGCCCGCGGCAACUUCGUCAACUUCGGCGUGGCGGACUUGAACCCAGUGCAGAGCUCCCUCCCGCAAGGGAACGGAGGGCUCUCCUCUUUGCACGGCAUCCGAGCCUGGUAG